AUGAGCACCGGCCACAGGCCCGACGGUAUCUUACCUGAUCUCACUAAUCACUUUGGUUCUUCUCACAACGCGAAGGCCGCGAGGCGCAAGCAUGGCUCCUCUCUCGCCCAACCCUCCACCUCAAAUGCACGCCCGAGCUCAUCCGGAACAACUCAUACGGGUCUCUUCACACCUCCGUCAUCGCAGAGUCAGGCAGAGAUGGAUGCGCGUCGCAUGCUGAUCAGUCCCCCACCCGAAGAGUUUCUCCGGCGGAAUAGAUCUGUUUCCCUGCGGUCCCGUUUGGCGGACGGAUCUACGCAGCAGAUUCAUACUGCGUCGUCUGACGCUUCCUCGGCAUCCAAGUCGUCGAAGUCUGCUGCAAAGCGCAAACGUCAGAUAAGUACAACUGCAAUCCCUGACGCUGACACAGCGGACGUCGAUGCCGAGCAUGGAGAGGGAGGAAGCACACUGGGAGAUGCCAACGUCGCUGCAGAAGCGACACCCAACAGUAAGCCCCGCAAACAGUCCAAGCGCCAUGUCAACUUCGUCGCCCGAGCCUCUUCGCCUGUCCGGCCCUCCACAAGCAAAGACGUAGCCCCCGUCUCUACUCCUACCCGCACCCGCUCUGAGUCCCCCUCCAAACGUGCCCUCUUCCUCUCCCCACAUCACAUCAACCCCCGCGCCGACUACAUCCCGCCCUCUCCUUCGCGCCGCCGCGAGCACAUAUCUGCUUCCGCCCGUCGCCGCUCCGUGACGCCGAUCUUCCCGUACGAGCCUCCGCGCGAGCGUUUUACGCCGCCGCGCGAGGUCUUCUGCUCGCCAUCGCAAGAGUCGCCUACGCGCUCGCGGCCAAACCGGCGCAAGUCCGUGCACAGCGCGAAGGGCACGAAGCGGCUGACUCUGACGAUCAAGAAGGAGCCGCCGGUGAUCGACCUCACCCAACCGCUGCCCCCGCCGUCCCCGACGGACGACCCGCUGUUAUUGUCUGGCCCGCCUCGACGCCGGAAGCCGAAACCGCGCCCGAGCGAGGUCAGGCCGUGUACUCCCCCUCCCCUUCCUUCUUUCUCCUUUGACGACUCUCUCGAUGCUGGUUCUACACACUCGCUUAAUGGUUCUACACAUUCAUAUUCUCGUGAUACCCCACCUAUGUUGUCGAGUUCGCCGAUGCGCGAGGACGAUGAGGACGAGGACGAGGAUGCCCCUCUCCCGGAGCUCAUCAUGGCUGCACCGGCACAGGCCGCCCCGUCCGACCCCGUCUUCACCGACGACGAGGACGCCAGUGGCGACCCGGCACCCGUAUUCAACUUCUCUGCGCUGGACGCGGCGAGUGACGACGAUUGGAGCGACGACGGACGCGGCGCAGGUCGCGAGGAAGCGGAGGAGGCGACGGGCGAGUAUACGGGGAGGUUCAGGGUCAUGGCCAUACCGACGAAGGCAGACCCGCCGAGCAGCUGUACGAGGAUGAGGAUGGAUAAGUGGGGGCGGCCGAAGAGCCCGCAUCCGAGACGAAGCUUGGCUGCUUUGGAAGAGGGGGAGGAGGGAGUUGCGGAGGACGAGGAUGAGGACGAGGUGAUGAAGGAAGUGGAGGAGGCGGAGGAGAGCGAGGGUAGGGAGGAGGAUGUGCUGGAAGGGCAGGAUGUUGAGCUUGAGGAAGAAGUUUAUCAGCCUCCUGUCGAGGUUCGGGAAGAGCUUGCCCUCGAUGAAGACGAGGAGUCAUACGAGGCUCGGUACGAGCCAGCAGUCAUCCCUGUCGAAGAACCGGAUUUCGUGGACCUUUCGGUAGAGGUGCACGAAGACUCGCGCACGCCCUCCCCAACUCCCUUCGAGCUACUAACCCAGAAGACCACUGAACAAUAUGACUUCGACGUGCUCAUGGACGACGCGAGCGACCAGGACACACUCACGGAGCCGGACCCCGACCUUGCGGACGAUCUCGUCUCGGAGCUCAGUUCGAAGGGCAAGGAGCGCGCGAUCGUGCACAGCGACGUCUCUCCAUUGCCUAGCACGUCUACUGUCACGGUCGAAGCUCCCACUGAGGCUGAAGUGGAGGUUGUGGAGGAGUACUCGUCUGUCGACGUUGACGAGGAAGAGGAGGACCGCUCGGACGAGGCUGUCAUCGACCGCGAACUGUCUGUCCUGCCGGACGACGAGAGCGAAGAGGAGGAGGAAAUUGAAGCCACCACGGAAGUCCUACAACACGCGUUCCAUCCUCCCAGUGAGUCUCGCUCUACCGAUGCGGAGGCGAAUCCGGUGCGCUCCCCGGAGGUGCAGCCCGCGGCGGCAGAUGAGUACGAUAACCCAGCGGAUGGUUCCGACGACGAUGAGAGCGACUCCUUGGAUGACGGUGUCAUCAAGAUCACCAGUGAUGACCCUCUGGCAGCCGCUCGCGCUGCAGCGAUUCUCAGGCUGCACGACUACGACUGCGUCCCGCGCAUUCUCGCCAAGAAACGCCGCCAUUCUCAUCUCGACGCGACGUCCGCCAUCCGCGACGCGCGCCGCCGGUCGUCGCUCGCCUCAGGGAUCAGUAAGGCCACCUCGUCCACGCCGAAGGGUACGCGCAGGCACACCCUCGGGGGCAUGCUCGGCGACAAGGUGUUCAUCCCAGGGAGCCCGGCGUUGACCAUACCGGAGUUGCUGAAGGAAGCGGAGCGUUCGCUUGAUCUUGAGAACCUCAGCCACAGCCACAGCCAGGUUCAGGAUGAAAGCGCGGUCCUGCAGAAGAUGGCCUCGACCCGGAACGAGUUCGUCACGCCGUUGAAGCCGGCAGACUCGUUCAGUUGGGCGACGCCGAGCUUCUCCUUGGGGGACGCGUCGACUCCGGUUGGGAGAGAGGCGGGAGCUUGGGCGCGCAAGGAGUGGAAGAAGCUGGAUUCGUGCUUGACAGACGAGCGGCUUGCGCUUGGAGGUGGCAAGGUGCUGGUGGAUGUUGAUUCUGUUGAUCUGGAGAAGGUCGCGGAUCGGUUCUUCGCGCAGUGGGAGGGAACAUCUGUGUUGCAGGAGCCUGAUGGGCUGAAUCGGGAGGAUGUCUUGCGGCGUGCCAGAGCGUUGCAGAAGAAGCAGCAGGCUGGAAGGGUCGCACCGCCCACGCCUUCAUCCGUCUCCCUGCUGUCAAACACUCCUGGUAUGUCAAGCUUCGAGAAGGAGUGCACUACGCCCCAAGGGCAUGCAUCUUCCGUGCCUCCCGCUCCUUCACCGGCCGAACCAGAAAGAUUGCAACCACCGCCACAACCGCACCCACAACCCAGGAGCGGCACCGUUAUCCCGCGCCCUACGUUCACGACGAGAGUUAAGGGCUUCUUCUCUUCCUACCUCCCCGUCCCAUCUGGCUCGAAAGCGCAACCUGUCAAGAAGCCCAAACCCGCGCAACCAGGCUUUCCCGUACCACCACCAGAAACCUUCGCCAAACCCCGCGCACCGAUCCACACACCUGCCCCGAAGCCUGUGCCGAAGCCCGUCCCUCCGAGGAACUCUGUCCAACUGAACGCUGUGCCCCCGCCGAAGCCGUCCAGGAUACCGCGCGGCAAGGAACAGCCUCGCAGAUUGGUGGACCUGCACCCGGCGCCACCACCUCCGGUGGACAAGCCGCUCCGAAUGGAUCCUUCCGCGAAGAGGCGCAGUAGCGGCGGGAGUGUCAAGGAUCUGAUCCUGGCUUUCGAGGGACUGGGCGAGAGCUCGAGCUCGAGACCUGCUUCAGUGGCGUCGAAUCGUGGAGGGAUAUGCCGCGCUUCAACGCUAGAAAACAAUCGCGGAGAGGGCUCGACGCUACGGCGAAAAGGGUGCUGUUCACUGGCCAAUCCCUUCCUGAGCUCAACCUCCACACCGAUGGCCACCAUGCAAACCCAUCAAAAUUCUGUUUGA